AUGUCAGCAAAUCCAGGGACAGCACCUGAGAAUCGGGUAGAAUCUGGCGCCGUGUUUGGCUGUAUUUGCGUGGCGGUUUUGCACCUCACUGCAGGGUUUAUUGCAGUGUCACCCCACAAGCGGGUCUGGCCCCUCGCUGGUGCCCAGCCGGACUCCAGCAGCGUGGGAACUCAGAUCUUCAAGGGCAAGGACUAUGCUGCUCCAGCGCAAACCCCCAUCUUGCCCCAGCCUCGCCGCCGGCUGCCGCGGCACCGCUCCCCCCGGGACGUCCCACGGGGCCGCACUUUGGGCACGCUCGUGCCCCCCCAGAGCCGUCCUCCGUGCACCUUGGCUCUGCUCCUGCCCGGCACCGGGCAAUUCAUCCGUCGUGACAACGCUCUCCCCCGAAAACCAGGUCAGGGGGAGCGGCAGAAAAAAGCCAGGUUGCCCGAGAGCAGCGACGGCUCCAAGGACUCGGACAGCUCUGCCGGGCGCCGGGGCAGCGCCAGCCGGAAGCACGGGCGAUGGCGGGGACGGCCGGACAGCCCCGGGGCGAUGGCGUCCAAGGGCGGGGCCGGCAGCAGGCAGUGCCAACAGGAGAUCGCCAACGCGGUGUGUCUGCACCGGGCCGGCAGCCUCAUGCCCCAGUCUGUGCCUCGCCACUGCCAGCUCUCGGGCAAGGUGAGCCCCGUCAUCCAGUGGGACGAGAGCCGGCUGCAGCAGGCACCCCCCAGCGAGCCCGUGGCAAUCUUAUCUUUGCUGCUCUCCUCGCUGCGGAGGCUGCCGUAAGGGCUGAGCCCAGGCUGGCAGCAAGGAGGGCAGGGCCCCGGGAGGACGAGCUCCCCGCUGACCGUGAGCUGUGUUCCCCGGCAGCGCUCCAACUACCUCCAUCGCGAGGCGGUGGAGCUGGCCCGGCACUACCCCAACAUCCGCGUGACGCCCUGGCGCAUGGUGACCAUCUGGGGAGGGGCCAGCCUGCUGAAGAUGUACCUGCGUAGCAUGAAGGACCUGCUGGAACUGGCCGAGUGGCCGUGGGACUUUUUCAUCAACCUGAGCGCCACUGACUACCCCACGAGGACCAACGAGGAGCUGGUGAUGUUCCUCUCCAAAUACCGAGAUAAGAACUUCCUGAAGUCUCACGGCCGAGACAACGCCAGGUUUAUCAAGAAGCAGGGCCUGGACCGCGUGUUCCACGAGUGUGACUCCCACAUGUGGCGGCUGGGCGAGCGCCGCAUCCCCGAGGGCAUCGUGGUGGACGGGGGCUCCGACUGGUUCUCGCUGACGCGCAGCUUCGUGGAGUACGUGGUCUACGCCGAGGACCAGCUGGUGUCCCAGCUGCGCCAGUUCUACACCUACACGCUCCUGCCAGCCGAGUCCUUCUUCCACACGGUCCUGGAGAACAGUCACGCCUGCGAGACGCUGGUCGAUAACAACCUCCGAGUGACCAACUGGAACCGGAAGCUGGGCUGUAAGUGCCAAUACAAACACAUAGUCGACUGGUGCGGGUGCUCCCCAAAUGACUUCAAACCCCAGGACUUCCUCCGGCUACAGCAACUCUCCAGACCCACCUUCUUCGCCCGCAAGUUUGAGUCGACAGUGAAUCAGGAGGUGCUGGAGAUCUUGGACACGCACCUCUACGGCAGCUACCCCCCCAACACGCCAGCCCUGAAGGCCUACUGGGAGAACGUCUACGACCGCGUCGACGGGCUCAGCGGCCUCAGCGACGUCACCCUCACCUUCUACACGGCCUUCUCCAGGCUGGGGCUCCGCCAAGCCGCGUCCGCGCCGGCAGCGGAGGGCUGCAGGUUUGAGCCCCGGGGCUUCCCGUCGAGUGUGCACUUAUAUUUCUAUGAUGACCGUUUCCAAGGUUACCUGGUGAUGCAGGAAGUGCAGAAUUUGGCAACUGGGCAGGCAGAAUCCCUGGAGGUGUGGAUGAUGCCCCAAGGAGCUCUGAAGCUGGCGGGUCAUGGAGGGCAGGCAAACCGCUUACAAAACCUUGAGGUGGGCACAGAGUGGGACCCCAAGGAAAGGCUCUUCCGCAAUUUUGGAGGCUUGAUGGGGCCUUUCGACGAGCCUGUGGCCAUGCAGAAGUGGUCACGGGGCCCCAACCUGACGCGGCCCCUGCCCCCCGGUGUCUGGACCAUCCGCCUCCUCCAGUUUUGGGAGCCCCUCGGGGAGAACCAGUUCCUGGUGGUGCCCCAGACCUUCAACCGCAAGCAGCCUCUCAGGAAAGAUGACAGCAACUGGCUGCACGGUGGCCCACCCCGCAACGAGUACAUGGAGCAGAGCUUCCAGGCGGUGUCCACCUCCGUCUUCAUCGUGGCCAUCCUCAUCCUCCUGCUGCUCCUCUACCACCGGGACCCCAUGUGCUGCCAGUUCCUCUGCUCCUGCCGCUUAUUCCAGACCCCCGGCCAGUAUGGAGACGAGCUGUUCUGCGUCGGGCCCCCCAGCAGCUACCAGCUCCCCUCCUGGGAGCAGCCCCGCCUGCCAAGCUACGAGAGCGUGCGGAAGAAGGAUCGCCAGCGGGAGAUCCAUCAGAUGAUUGCCGAGAGGUUUGGGCUGUGGGCAGAGCCCUCCCAGGAGAUGCCGCCUCCCUACGAGCAUGCUCUGCGGCAUCCUCCAGCUUUCCCAGGAGCAGGAAUAAGCUCGGAGACCUCGGACAGACGCGGUGUGCCAGACCCUUUCCAGGCCCCUCUCAGCUGCCAAACUCAGCGAAACACAGCCGUGUAA